AUGGCAGGGAGCUAUCCUGUCGGAACAAUCCCACCAACAGGACGUGCUGUGACAGAAGACCCAAAGCCCGCAACGUUCAUAUCUGGGGCACCAAAGACAGAUGAGGGCCUCGACCACUGGGCCACACUUCUCGAACCCGUUCAGAAGAAAGACAAGGCGCAGUGUGAAGCAUGGAAAGAUGAGGUUCAGAAUAUCCUGAUUUUUGCUGGCCUCUUUUCGGCGGUCGUUACGGCCUUUCUUAUCGAGUCUUACCAGAACUUGCAGGAGGAUCCCAGCGAGACCAUAGUUAUUCUCCUCACACAGAUUGCUGCACGCCUGGAAAACCCAACAAACGGGUCGCUUUCGUCCUCACCUGACUUGCCACAAUUAUCCUUUUCCCCGACUUCUUCCUCGAUUCGUGUUAAUGUGUGCUGGUUUCUCAGUCUUGUGGUUAGUCUGACCGCAGUGCUCAUCGGCAUUGUCUCCCUUCAAUGGCUGCGGGAGCACCAGUCAUACCCUGAAUACUUCUCAGCAGAGCAAACCUUGACUCUGCUUCACAUGAGGACGAAGAUGCUUGAAACCUGGCGCGUUUCCGCCUUUUUUUCGUCCCUUCCAGUUCUCCUCCAGGCUGCCGUCAUCCUGUUCUUCGUAGGCCUCGCCGACUUCUUGCACUCUCUUCACAUUGCGAAGGUCACUAUUCCCGUCAUUUUGAUGAUCGCCAUUUCUAUCACGUUCCUUUUCACGACAACAAUUAUGCCAACACUGCACAUACAUGUUCAUGGACUGAAAGGCCCGAUUUCGCCACCACAGAUUGAGAAAGACGUUCCGGUCCCAAGUCCAUACAAGUCGCCCCAGGCAAAAUUAUUUCGCCAUGCAUUCUCCUUUAUUUCCAGCACCCUUUCCCCUUUCUUUCAUUCUCUCUUCGCACUAAUUUUCAAAAAAAUUGGGGAGCGUUGGACCGAUCACCUCCCGACACGAACGCCCAGUGCCGAUCUUAUGUUGGCCCAGAAUUGGACUGAACUUGAUCUCAAGUGGAUGUCCAUCCGUCGACUAGCUUGCUUACAUGCAUUACCCAACGAUUUUACCAGGUAUGAACUUCCUGGGAACUGGAGUGGCAAAGAUUGGAGUGCCGGGCCUUUCUACGACCAAAUUCAAAGUAUUCUCCAUGUUUGCCACCAUUAUCCAUUUGACAUGAACACCCUCGAAUCGGGCUAUCACUGCUUCCAAUACUGUAUCACACCAAGCACCCAUCGAGACCCGACAGAUCCGGAGCGUAAAUCAUAUUUGAAAUCGCUGGCGAACAUCUUGAUCAAGGAAGGCUCCCAACUGCUGUAUGACCUUGUUGACUUCGACGAUCCCGACGUUCUCCACGAUGAAGUACUUCUCCUCUUCUUUCACAAAAUAGGCAUACGGAGUGUUUCUGAAUCAUGGGAGGCAACCACAGCGGAAGUCUAUUUCCGAGUUUGCAGCUUCUUCUUUGACAUACCCCACUCUCAGCACCCGUCCGAUGGAUCUUUUCUACCAGACCACUUGCUCCCAUCCAGCAAUCUGGUCGAUAAGUACUUCGUGAAUGGGUUCACUCCGGAGGAAAACCAAGGUCUUAUUCAGCGAGAAGAAGAAUAUGUACAAUCAAUGUUCAGCCGAAUCGCCGAUCGUUCGAUCGACUGGCUUCAGAUACAGCUCAUCCCUCGUGAGAGACUCAAGUACCGCGUCACAGAAUAUGCGCGUAACUUGUCAGAACCUCCCUCUCUUACUGGUGCUAUCGCCUUCUUGAAAUCUUGUCUUGAUUCAUACUCGAAGUUCACUCAGGACGUUGGGAAUUAUAAUCUGGACACAACGACUGAGACAAGGGCCAUUCAAUCCUACAUCAUGGCUUCUGUUGUCUGUGAGGCGUUGAGCGACAAAGUUCUGAAGACUCCAGAAGAGCUGGAAGAGAUUAGAGCUCUUGGAACAUCUUUAGAUAAUUUCUGCGAAACUCUGAUCUCCAGCUCUGAAACGUCCCACGGAAAAAGGGUAUUUAAGCUCUUGAAGAGGGCCUUGUCAAUACCCGCGAGCCCUGUACCAGGCAACCCUAAGGGUCACGCUUUACAUGUCGCACCCCGCGUCUGGGAAGUGGAUAACCGUCCGACAAGCAGCAACGUAAUGCGGAGCAUGAUUCAACCUGCCGUGGCGGCAGCGCACCGAGUAACCAGUGUUGAGUUGGAAGAUGGUUUGGAAGGCUGGGGCAAAUCUCCGGCCAGCACGGGGGCUUCGUGGGUCGUUAAUGAGCCACUGUCUCGCAGACCUUCAUUUUAUCAAGAGUCUGCCAUGGGUAACGCAGACGAACAGGAACCCGCUAAACCGUCGGAAAUUGCUGCUGCACAGGCCCAAGGAAUUGCAAACGCAUUGGGCCUGGUAAUUGAGGCCGUCAGCGAAAUACACGAGACUCAAAUGGGGGAUACUGCUGCAGGCUGGGACUCAAGGGCAGAUGAACACGUAUAG